AUGCAAGCAUCUCGCGAUGUCUUCGCCCAUAACGCCCUAGGAAGGAACCUCAGCUUUGAAGAGUACGAUGCUGUUAUCCGCCUUGAAAACAUCGUACUUGAAGUUGUCGCUCGCCGCCGGGAGUGGAGUCCUGAUCUCAUUAUCAAAGCUUUUUGUGACCUGGAUCUUGUGUUCUUUGAUGGGUUUCUUCGAGGCCAGGUCUACGUCCAGUGGAAACCUGCUUCCUACUUUCCUCCGCCACUCCCACGCAGCCUGACCUUCGGCUUGACAAAUCCUCUAGGCGGCGGAAAAGCUGUCAUACAUCUGAACGUCGAUGCUAUAUUUGCUAGGGAAUCCAUGGGCCACUUUUCGCGUGCUCGCGGAACGAGCAAGAUAGUGGCGCAUGGAUCGGAGUCGUACCAAUCUUCCUCUGAUCCCACAAGAAGACACCGGUCUUACGGCUCUGAUCGACGGCCUCCCAAGAAGGCUCACAUACAAGACUCUGAUCCUGCCAAACCUGUCAAUAGCAGCAAGAAACCUCCAGACUUACACGGUCCACGCACUAGCUACCCAUCCCAGGAACAAGAUAUGCUCCAGGUUGUUGAAAGAAGCGCCAAGGACCUAAUCGAGGAGGCCUUCUACAAAAUUACUUCAGAAACUGGGACAUCCUAUCCGUGCACGCAAACAGAGCUGGAUGCUUCUGGAGGAGUCAACUGGUACAGGGCCUCGAGCGCACGCAAUUCAAAAGACAAGAGACCAUGGUUUGCUCAAGCAAACAACGGGCCGUUUUGCAAUAUCAGAAUAGCAGCACAAGAAGUCUUUGACCAUAAUGAUCCGACAAGAACGCCGUCGGUUGCUGAAAGUGAGGCCAUCAGUCGUCUGAUUACUGGGUUCAAAAUGGCUGGCCAGAAAUUUUGGGGCCCAGAUCUAGCUAUCAAGACUUUUUGUGAUCUCGACGAGGUUUUUUUCUGCGGCAGGCUCAGAGGACAUGUCUGCUUGACAUGGCAACCCGAUCGCUUCUUCGCAAAACACCUCUUAGGACACACUAUUUACCUGGGGGGCGGGAAGUGUGUGAUCGAGUUGAAUGCCGACAACAUAUUCUUUCAUCCUGUUUACUACUCGUAUCUCAAUCAGAUGUUCGCUACUCUACUGCAUGAGAUGUGCCACGCUUACCAGCAAGUUCGAGCUCUGGACUCUGGCCCUGCAGGAUGGCAGGCGGGUAAACCUGGUGGCCAUGGCAAAAACUUCGGCACGAUGAUCCAUGCUGUAAAUAGAAGAGCGAAGGAGCUGCUUAACUUGAAGGGGGACGACGUGCCAUACCCCCGCCACGAGUAUGCCCUUGGCGACGACCCUCGUCCAGCUCCAAAGCAGUCUCCUCCCCACCAACCCUUUCCUCUGAAUCCAAGCAGAGCAGCAGCCUCUCCCAAGUCUCCAAAAGGACGCUACGACGAUGCGUUCAGACAAGUCUUCCGAGAUUCAGGAACCAAUUUUGAAUGCACACAAAGUGAUCUAGAUGUGACCGGAGCAUUAGCUCGACGAGAGUGCCCGACAGACAGCCGUGAAGGUCGCGAGGCAUGUGGAAAGAAAUGGUUCCCUCAACUCAACGACGGACCAUUCGUCUCCCCAAGGCAAGCAUGUUUGGACAUAUACAACCACAAUACCUCGCGCAGAAAACCAGGCAAUUUGGAAAUGGAAGCCAUUGCGCGCCUUCAAAAAGCAAUAGCUGCAGGGCGUGGUGGUUCCUGGGGUCCUGAUCUCAUCAUCAAAGCAUUCUGCGACCUUGACAUUGUCUUCUUCCGUGGUCGGCUUCGAGGUCACGUUUGUGUCCGCUGGCUGCCAGAUUGGUCUGAACAUCGGUGUACUACAUGGGGCUCCACCGUAUACUUGGGCGAAAGCAAGUGUGCAAUAAACCUGAAUGCGGACACGAUCCUGUGCAAGUACAGGCAGCCGCUCGAAGGGAUGUUCGCUACGAUGUUGCAUGAGAUGUGUCGUGCGGACGCGUUAACUCAGGUCAUCGAAGGAGAGAUGAUGAAAUGUGCAAGCCAUGGAAAGAAUUUCGGCACAAGGUACUACGCUGUGAACAAGAGGGCCAACAAGUUAUUUAAUCUCUCGCUCAUGGUCCAUUCUGAGGUGAAGUAUCCACAACACAAAUACGAGAAAGGCGAGGGAUAUCCGUAG